AUGAGUACAGUUGCGCCGAAAUUCCUGGGCUCUCGAGCGUUCAACGAGUUCGAUUUGAAUAUUUUGGUGGAGUACAUCGACUGGAAACCGUUAUUCGACGUUUGGCAGCUGAGAGGGAAGUAUCCGAACAGGGGAUAUCCGAGGAUAUUCGACGAUAAGGAUGUGGGACACGAGGCGAAGAAACUUUUCAAGGAUGCCCAAAAGAUGCUUCAUAAACUGAUUGAUGAGAAUAUUUUGAAAGGAUCCGCUGUGCUGUCGUUUACGGAAUGUUGUGCAGAAGGCGACGACAUUUUACUGUUUGAUAGUGAGAGCAAACAGCAUUGUGCUACAUUAUACGGUCUCCGGCAGCAAUGCGAUAAGGAAUAUGGCGAAGAAUGCCUGUGCCUGUCGGAUUUUUUCAUGAAACGGGAUAGCUUGAACGAUGGCAAGUUCGAUUAUAUCGGGAUGUUCGCGUGUACGGCUGGAAUCGGGGCGAAGGAGUAUUGUGACGUACUCGAGAAGGAGAACAUGGACGAUUACUCGAGCAUUAUGGUGAAAGCGUUGGCAGAUCGUCUGUCAGAGGCGAUGGCUGAAUAUCUGCACAUGAAGGUGCGAACCGAGUUGUGGGGUUAUUCGACCGAAGAGAGCGGUAUGUGUGUAAAAGAUUUAUUGAGUAUCAAGUAUGAGGGCAUCAGGCCUGCCCCGGGCUAUCCCACUCAACCAGACCAUACCGAGAAGAGGACUAUGUGGAAUUUGAUGGAUGCGGAGAAGUUGUGCGGAAUUAAGUUGACUGAAACGUACGCAAUGGAGCCGGCAGCAUCAGUAUGUGGUCUAUACAUUGCGCAUCCGGAUUCGAAAUAUUUCGCGGUGGGGAAAAUCAACAAGGAUCAGGUGGAGGACUAUGCUCGAAGAAAAGGAGAAUCCGUGGAGACUGUCGAGUAUUGGCUAGCGCCUAUUUUGGGCUAUGAUCACGAUCAGUGA